CAGAUUGUCUGUAUUAUGCCAGACUUUUCCUUGAGUGUUCUUGCGAUGUAGACUCUCGGAAAUGCGUUCUUUGGAGUUUCACUAUUUAUUCAAAUAUCCCUUCGAGACGGUGGUAAGGGCAUAUUUCCAAAAGUAUAGCUGUGGCAAGGACAAGAAUGUGACGUCUGUGGCAAUUUUGGAAUGCACCAGAGAUGCCAAUAGUGGCGAGGAGUAUUACCUCAGACGAGGAAAAUGUGUCAAUGUUCUGCCUUCAAUUUUUAGAAAGUUUUGGCCGUAUGACAUAGAAAUAGAAGAGGAAAUGUGGAUUAACCAUGACAAGCAAUACAUGAGACUACACAGCUAUAAUGUCACUGGUGCAUCCCUGGCCAAGCUGGAAGAGUUCAGCAUCUAUGCACCAUCGCAAUACAACAGGAGCUGGACGGUGAUGGAUCAGACGGGGAAGGUCACUGUCUGCGGACUGGGCCCCACUCUUGGUGGUAUGCUGGAGUUGUUUACCAUAAGGUUUUUUCAACAUGGGGCAGAUAGGGGGUUCAAAAUCAUGGAAGAUCUUCUGAUGUCAAUGACCACAACAUAUGAGCAGAAGCCAAGCUUCUCGCGUAGCUACUCAUGCAACGAAGAAACAUCGUAGCAAUGGUCGCAGGAAAUGAAAUGUUGUCAGUAGUACCAUCACCAUCACCAUCACCAUCACCAUCAACAUCAACAUCACCAUCACCAUCAACAUCAACAUCAACAUCAACAUCAACAUCAACAUC